GCAGCGAACUCGCGUAUUUCCGAGAUUUAAACAUGACCCUAAAAGCAUCAUGACCUUUUACCCGCAACACCAACAACAUUCCCGCAAUCCUGGUAGUCAUGCGUUGUGGUUAACGAUAACAGUGUUUGAGGCUGUCAGCCCGCUGUUUGGUGAGCCGGCUGAAACAGUUUACCGUAUCCGUUAACCGAAUUGACUUUGAGGAGCAGCAAGAGCGGGGACGUUAGCAGCUAGCAGGAUAUGGAGGAAUUUCUGUCGAGCUGCCGUCGAGCUGCGCAGGUGAACGCAGACCAGGCAGGACCAGGGUUCCAUGUGGUUCUGGGGAACGAGGCCUGCGAUGUGGACUCCAUGGUGUCCGCUCUGGCCUUUGCCUACUUUCUGUCAAAGACUAUGCAGAGUGAGAUGCUUGCUCUCCCUCUGCUGAACAUCCCUCAGUCAGACCUGUUGCUGCGCUCCGACAAUGUUUUCCUGCUGCGACAGACUGGUUUGUCUCCGGACCUCCUGCUGUUCAGGGACCAGCUGGACCUGAGAGCGCUGCACAAAGCCGGCCGCUUGCGUCUGACACUGGUGGACCACAACAUCCUGCCCAGUUUGGACAGUGAUCUGGAGGGAGCGGUGGUGGAGGUGAUUGACCACCAUGUGCUAGAGAGAGAGCCCUCCCCCUCCUGUCGUGUUACCGUGGAGAUGGUGGGGUCCUGCGCUACCUUGGUAACUGAACGCAUUAUCCAGGAAGCUCCACAGAUCCUGGACCAGCAGCUUGCUCAGCUGCUCUAUGCAACAGUUGUGCUGGACUGUGUGAACAUGGCACCUGCAGCAGGUAAAGUGACUCCUAAAGACAGUCAGUACGCUGCUGCGUUGGAGACCCGUUUUCCCGCUCUGCCACCGAGGGUUGCUCUCUUCCAGGCGCUGCAGAACGCCAAGUUUGACGUCUCAGGUCUGAACACUGAACAGAUGUUGUUGAAGGACAUGAAAGUUGUUUCAGGAGGUUUGCAUCUCGCCAUCUCUGUUCUUUACAUCACAUUGGAGGAGUUCCUUCAGAGGGCAGAGCUGGAGGCAGAGCUCUCAGGUUUCUGUCAGAAGUUUGGAUUUGAUCUGCUGCUGCUGAUGACCAUCUCCUUCACUGAGAGCAAAGAGCCAAUCAGAGAACUCGCUGUGUUCAGCCAUAGCACCACCUGCAGGGAACAGGUGAGCCAGUACCUGGAACAGGCCCGAAACCCCGCCCUCAGCCUCAGGCCAAUCAGCAGCCCCCACCCUCACAUCUUAGCCUAUCAGCAAGGAAACAGUCUGGCAUCUCGUAAGAAGAUCCUCCCCAUCGUGAAAGACUUCCUGAAGGAGCAGGACGGAGGUGUGGAGGAGGAGGAGGAGGAGGCGGCUCGGGUUCCUCCUACCCCGAUGAACAGUCUGGUAGAGGGCUGUCCUCUGGACGACGGGCUGCCUCGCAUCAAUGCUCAGGACCUGGAGGAGAAGUUUAGCAAGAUGGUGGCUGACAGAGGAGAGAAGUGACCUCCGACCUGCCGACGGCGUGAGGAGUGAAGGUAGCAGAGACACAGGCGUUUUCUGUCACUGAAGGUUUUUUUAUGUUCUAGAUAAAAAUCUGAACAUGGACAUUAAAAAAAAAAAAUCCACUUUGAGGUUUGUGUCUUUUGGGACCAACCAUGUGUUUUAAAUGACGUCACAUGCUGCUGUGAACAUAUGAAGAGUUGAACACAAAUUCCUGUUGUCUGAUCCAGAACCUGCUAAAAUCCAGACAAACAUGUUUGAAACUUCCUUCAGAUAAACAGUGGAUUGGGUUUAAUUUAGACAUUGUGGAGAUGAUAUCUGAUCUUGCAAAUCAGACACGUCUUUGACUCGUCGGUGUGAACACUCAGGUCUGCAGGGGGUUGCAGUCACAGGAUCUUUGCACCAAACUCCCCCUGGACAAAAAGCUUACAUUCAGAACUUAAGGACUUUUUUAAAGACAGUGUGUGGGACUUUCCUUUGAUUGUGUAGCACAGUUUUACUCGCUGCAGCAAAUCAUUACACACCUGAGCAGCUCCACUUGUCGUACACAAGGUGGCACUGCAGACAGGACUGUGGCUCACUGUGUGGGUUCGGGUUGGUGAAGACAAACAGAAGCUGCUGUCGGGUGAUAAGUGACAUGGAAUCAGCCCAGCGAGCUGUUGGCUCCUUUUGUUAAACUCUGAAAUGUUUCUGCUGAGUUAAAGGAAACUGUUACUGGUCUGAAGCAGAGCUCACUGCUGCUGUUCAUGGUCGGACGAACUCCUGAGGGGCCUCAGGGCAAAAACCUGUCGCUGAGCUGCUGCUAACUCCAACUGUUCCUGUCAUUUCAUUACCCAGAAACCAAGCUAGACUUUGGAGCUGAUUAUUAAUUGGCAACAAUUUUGAAAACUGAUUGAUUGUUUUACAAAUUGUUUUAGAUUAAUGCCAAAAAUCCUGUGGUACUAUAAUGUGGUGGUAACAUCCUGAUGUCUCCAGGCUCCUUGUUUUUAAAUAUAAGGUUUUUACAGCAAUGUUUAAACCUGUUUUAGGGCCUGGUCAGGUUCUGCACAGAGAGGCUUUGAGGUGUUCAUCAGGAUCAAAUCUGACAGGAUGUAAACAUGGCUGUGAGUCCCUGUGAGAAACCAUCUGACAGCAGCUGUUUGUCUUUUCUGCUACUACCUGAUUUCCAAAACUUUUCAGGUGAGGAGCAGAUACUCUCCAGCUAGCCUGGAAAGACCUUAAGGCUUUUAUUGUGAAACAGUAGGAGGAACUGAUGAGUUUGCAGCAACAGGAUGUUACAGAAUAAAAGAAACAGAUGUGAAAACAGGGUAACAGUUAAUUUUCUUCUGACUGUUGGUUUGAUUUA